UGGAGAAACCAACAAGCACUCGCAUUUAAAAGUCAAGGAAAGCUUCAUUUCUGAUCAAAAAUCAAAGCAAAACCGAGGGAGCAAGAGGAAUAGACACAUGGUUCUUCCUCCAAAACUGGCAAAAACAAUCAUAUUAGCAUUCAUUGGCUUCUUGAUGUGCACUAUUACUGUUAGAAGCGUUCCCAAUACAAAGGUGCUUACUGUUCUCUGCAACUCUGGAGUUUACUCAAAGGGUGAUCCUUUUGGCAUAAGCCUAAGCUAUGUUGUUGAAGAACUAGAGAUUGUGACCCCCACAAGCAAGAAUUAUGACUACUACAACAUCUCUCCUUAUCCAAAUGCUUUCGCGUAUGGCCAUGCUGCUUGCAACCGAAAUCUCACUACUUCAGACUGCACAACUUGUCUUGGUGCAGCUAAAACAACCAUGUUUUCCACUUGUCAAAGCAGGAUUGGAGCUCGUUCGGUGCUCUAUGAUUGUACAAUUAGGUAUGAGCAAUAUCCAUUCACUGAUUAAUGAAGCAUGUUUCUGGGAUAAUAACAGAUAGAUGGGAUUUUUUUUGGUUGGUCCAAAGAUGUCAAGUAUCUGCCACAAAGUGAAUGUGUCCAACCUUAUCUCCUUAAAUGGUCUCAUUCAUAUUCUAGUUUGAUAAGGUUUUCUUCCCUCAUUCUAGCCUUGUUUUUGUCUAAUUUUGGACUCUUGUAGAGGGAAAGAUGUAUGUCUGUCUGUCUGUGAAUUGAGUAAAGAUGAUAAUAAUAAUAAUAAUGAUAAUAAUAAUAAAGCUAAUGGAUGAUUCCGUGAGA